GCAACAAUUAAUAGUUAAUUAAGUCGUACGGAUACCUGGUUUUGUGAGGGUUGUCACAUAUAUCCCCCCCUCGGGAUCCAGUAUUAAGGAAACUCCUUCCAAGAAUAGGAAGGAACAUAUCCCUCACUCGGGAUUCAACCUUGAAGAAACUCCUUCCGAGAAUAUGAAAUGAUGAAGUACAAGGGCCGUUCAGUCAUUAAUCAAAAGUUGAAUUGAAUGAAAAUACAAGAGGAAUGUGAAGUAAAUGAGUUUGGGGGCCAAUGGGUCAUUAUUUGAAACUUAAAUGUGGAAGGUAACUAAAGUGUGAGUUUCACGAGGGGGAUUAGUAUCUCUGGGGAUUAAGUCUUGGAGGAGCCGCCUCCGAAAAAAUGAAGAUGUCCCACCCUAUGUGAUUAAGGGUCUCGUAAGUCUUUUCAACGAACAGGAACAGGUUUCUCCCAAGAAAAGGAGGGUAUCCCCUCCCGUGGGAUUAAGUAUCGCAAAAGUCUAUUCAAUGAACAGAAGUGCACCCGACUACGGGAUCAAGUAUUGGUAAAGUUCCUUCUAAGGACGGGAAAGUACAUCCCAGGGAUUUGAUAUAUGAGGAAAAUCCUCCUUAAAAUUUCGCACCUGAACAACUUAUUAAAAAAAAAAGGGAGGGGGGAGAGCCCCUAGACAAGGGACUUCGAAUCUGGAGAAUCCCUUCCUUGAAAAGAAAAGAUCUCCGCCACAGGUCUGUGUUUUAGAAAGUAUCUCUCCAAAGAAGAGGAGCCCCAUCUCGGGGUCGCAUACGUUUGAAGAAGUCUCUCCAAGAGGAGAGGGUUGCACAUUCCAUGGGCACCAACUUUUAGAGAAUUACAACAUCUCUCCAGGGUAGGAAAGAGCCCUUAACAAGGACUCACAUAGGAAGGUUCCUUCUACAUAAUAGCUAUUUUUAAAGUGCUCAUAAAACCUCUCCAAAAGGAGAAGAUGCCACCCCUUCUCGAAGAACAAAAACCUGAACGGUUUGAGGACCUUGUUAACGGGUCAAACAGGAUCAUCUAGGCAGACGUGUCGAACGAUCUUACAAUAAAAUAAACAUGUACAUAGGCAUACAGACAUGCCGCCUUAAUCAAAACAAGGCAAAGCCCGACCGUGGGGCUAGGACUAAGUCGACUACGUCCAAAAAAGCCGAAGCAGGCAUAUGAAAGUCCAAGUGGCCCAAACGCCAUUGGACAACAGGCCCAACAGAAGCUUUAACAACUUAAAACAAGUUACAAAGCGGGCCUAGGCAAAGCCUUUACAACUUAAGCAAGUUACGAAGCAAACUAUAGAAAGCUUUAACAACCUAAGCAGGUUACGAAGCAAACUUGUACAAAGCUUUAACAACUCAAGCAAGUUACGAAGUAAACUUGUACAAAGCUUUAACAACUCAAGCAAGUUACGAAGCAAACUUAUAUAAAGCUUUAAACAACUUAAACGAGCAAACUAUAAAAAGCUUUAGCAACCCAAACACGUUACAAGGCAAACUCAUAGGAAAGUUUUAACAACUCAAGCAGGCUGCGAAGCAAACUCAUGCAAGGUUUCAAACGGGUCACAAAACGGGUCUAUGCAAAGCUUUAACAACUUAAAAAGUUACAAAGCGACCCAUAGAAAGUCUUAACGGCUUAAACAGGGUACAGAGAAAAUUCAUGAGAAAGUUUUAACGGUUCAAGCAAGGCAAAAACCCUCAUUAGAGGAGCACCAUACAAGGAGUAUAACACGGUGGACAUGGCAAAACAAUCUAAAUAGCAUAAACGCUAUAAAAAGGUACUAUCAAACAAGUGCAUGGGAAAAAAUGUCGUCAUGGAGGCAUAGAUUGAAGUAAGGUAUCGUGCUACCCUACUUGAGGGGUCACCUUGCUAUUUCGAGCGCUGAAUGCAAGGUUGUCCUAAAGAUAACAAAACAGAUAACUUUGGCAUAACGUGCCCCAGGCUAUGUUACCCGACAGGCCGGGAUGAUACAUUGAGGGCGGAUAAUGACCCGCCUAGAUUUUCAGGGACUGGAACAAGUCCUGCACCCAUUCAUGAGUAAAUAGGCUUGGACUAAGGAUGACUUGACGACGAGGGUCCCCGCUUGGGCUCCUCGUCUGGGCUCAUCGCCCUAGAUUGGUGGCUGGGCUCGAGCCCACUUGUGUCUUUCUCGGUAUGUUUAGUUGGUUUGAGUGGGCCAAGUCCUGAUAAGCCCACUCUUGGGUCGGCCCAUUAAGGCUAUGGCCCAACUAUCUCACUACAUUAAGAGAACUUCCUUCCCCAAGAAGGGACAGAAGAUAUUUUCCCCACAAAAAGGGUUACUACUUACUCCACUUCUCUAAGAUUACUCCUGUCCCUCUACUCUCUCUCUCUCUAAAUUAUACUUACACUUAUAACAUCUUUACCAUACAAGAUACUGACUUGAGCGUCGGAGUGCCCACGGGGUGAACCCCCUUGGGCCCUCUAACUAGAGUUUCAUGUGGAUGCAGCCUGAGACCGACACUCCGCAAGAGGAACUGUCACCGCGACAGCAAGAUGACGAGCCUGAACCAGAGCUCACCGAAUCUAAAGUUAGUACCGCCAAACCCUCUGAACGACGUCAGAGAAUAGGGGAUUCGACAAGAUCUAUUUUUGAAAAAGAGAAUUCGUCAACUUUUGUCUAUUAGUGGGAAUUAUUCAAGAAAAGAAAAAAUUAUCCUAGAAAAACUGAGGUGUUGCUGUGUAAAAAAAAAAAAAAAAACGUAUGGCUGAAAAGGUUAAUGUAAGCAUGUCCAUACCUUCACAACGUUGAUUCCUCCCGUAAGAUUACCUGAAUUCUUUCAAAACUAAACUUCCCAUAUGGUCUUCCAACAUUAGAGAUUCUUGAUUUGAUUAAUGGUGUCCAUGCAGAUUGAAGUGGCUGCGUCUUCUUCGCCUUUCAGUUACGUCUCUCUAAGAGAUCACAAUCGUUCUACAAACAAUAAGGGAUACAUAAACUCUCGCAAGAACAAAGCUGAUGGUGAAGAUGAAGAUUCAUCAUGGCUUCCCUCCCACACCGACGAUUCUUGGCUGCCUACCAGCAGCCGCAACUCUACCGUUGCAUCCGAAGAUUUGAAUCAUCAGAAUGGGAAGAACAUUGUUGAUGAUUCUUGGCUUCCAACGAUUAAUAAUUCUAGUGGGAAAUAUGGGGCAAACACCAGCGGAUUGGAAGACGAUGCCGACUAUUCGUGGUUGCCUUCCAGUUUCAUAGACAACAACAAAAACAAAAACAAACAGAAGAACAAUAACAAUAAUAAAAAUACGACCAAUAACAAGAGCAUAAUCAAGAACAAGAAUGAAGACAAUAACCGUAAAAACAACAAUAAUAAUAAUAAUAAUAAUAAUAAGAGUCCACAAAAGAAAUCGAGGAACCCCCAUUGGGCGUUGGCCCGUGAGGUUGUUUUUUCGUGUGAUCAACCAAACCAAGACACCGAGAUUCGAACAAAGACUUCACAUUCUUCACGGAUCAAACAACAAGAUUCUCCUUCGGAAUCGACAUAUGUUGUGGAAUCUCCAACUUCAGGUGGGGUAUCCUCCCUUCUUCAAAGAUGGAGAGAUCUAGCCGAAGCCAAGAACUCGAACAAAAAUGGCGAAAGUUCCCCUUCGAGCACGUGUAACAACUCAGGAUCAAUAGGUAACGAGAGUAAAAAUGACAAUUCUCCGCGUAGUCCUCCAAACAACAAUAACGACUCGAAUUCUGAUAAAGCUUCAAGGCGGCUUUCGUGUCCCCUACCUAGUCGUGAUGCCAAGGAUUCCAACCCCGGUGGUGCAGAAAAGGAAAAGAUUCGAGUCGUGGAUAUCAUUAAGAAGCUAUCACGAGAAGAAGAAUUGGCUGCUUCUCAUGCUGCUGGACAUGUCAACGAAUCCUUACCUCGAAUUCGCACCAAUGUACACCAUAAACAUGUCGAAGGAGAACACAAUGCGAUCAAAAGCGGUAAAGUUAUGCAACAUAUGAUACGAGGUCGUGAAGCUUUCAACAAUUUCCUCAAGCAAAUGGAGCAUCACAAGCAAUACGAGCUGAAAUGUCUGGUUGAGCGCAAAGCGGUUUCAAAGUUUCCUCAUCGCGGCCGUAUUAAAGCUUCGCUUCGUUUCAAAAUCCUACGUAUCGGGGCCGAAUCAAAACCCGAAACCAAAAGACAUAGGCGUUGUGUUUCAAAAACACUGGAAUCAAAUAACCGCUUAGACAUCAUGGAUCUAAGGGAAAGGUUCAACUCCGGAGUUGAGAAAGGAGCAACCGAGUCAAGGAAACCCAAAAGAAAUGAUACAAAGAACACCAACACUGAUGAAACUCCUGCCUCCACGGCUAGGGAGGUGGAUCUUAAGAUCAAGACCACUGUGAACAUGAAACAAGAACAACAACCAAAAAUCGAGCCUUUGACUUCAAUUCAAUCAACACAAUAUACAAUAAGUUCUGGUAAAGAUGUGGUGCACAAAGCCAAAUUUAUAGAUAGUUCUUCCAACUCCGUAACGUUUAAGGAUGACACGCUUUAUAUAGAUGAAAAUAAACUUAGUUUCUAUGAAGAUGAAGGUCAGUUCAUGUCAGCUAGAACAUCUUAUAGUCAGAUUGAAGAUAGGGGGUUUAGUGAUUCAGAAGAGGGCAACGACAGUGGUAAUAAACAAGGAUUAGAAAGUUUUAAUGAUUGGAUGACAAAUGGAUAUUCUCAAACACCUAGUGACUUGGAUGGAGGUGAGUCAUACGAUACAAACUAUGAUUGGAUAAGUGAGAUUUCUCGCCCGAAAAGUGAUUGGGAAGUUUUGAGGCAAGCCAGGUACCAAGAGAUGCUUCAUCAUUCAUCAGGAAAUGGAGACAUACAACGACUUCUUGAAAGAAAAAGUGUCUCGAGUUUUCUUGGGAGUGGUCUACGUGACCUAAUCGACCAAUUAAUGGUGAGUCGUAUUGAACAAUCACAUGUUCAGGUGGAAAAGAAUGAUGUAGUAGUGAGAGAGAAAGGUGAUUCAAGGAAAGAAAUGGGACACGAACAGAGUUCGAUGGUAGAUGAAGAUGGCGAUUGUAGCAGCAGAACUGAGACAAAAUGUAGUGAAUAUUCAGAACGAUCAUGGAGACCUGAUGAUGCUGUUGAUAAGUCUGAGACAACAACAACUACAACAUCUCCAUCCUUAUCUCCAUCUUUAGAACAUUCUCUUUCAUCUGGUCGAUCACAUAACAAUAGUACUCCACAAUCACCAUUCCCAGUCACUCAUCAAACCAUUGAGAUGGAACUCAUAUACGACUUGAGAGGACACAUGGAGCAACUCCACCAAGAGAUUAUGGAGCUACGAAAAUCAAUAAAGAGUUGUGUUAACAUGCAAGUCAAAAUGCAACAUUCCUUUAAGCAGAGUUGUGUUGCCGCUCGUCCAGUUCAAAAGAAAGAAAGAAAUACACCCGGUUUGGUAAAACACAAUUGUUCUAUUUGUCAUGUCAUGCAAGUCGAUUCGCUUCUAUACAGAUGUGGACAUAUGUGCACUUGCUUCAAAUGUGCAGUGGAAAUGCAACGCACUAGUGGUGAAUGCUUGGUUUGUGAAGCUCCAAUUGUGGACGUUGUGAAGGCAUUUGCACAUGAGAAUUAGUUCGUAUUAGAUACAAUUUAAUCAAGAGGAGAUGAUUUCAGAUUUUUAUUUCUUUUCCCUCAAUGUGUAUAUAAACCAAUAUUCUUUGUA